CAAAACAACAACCACCACCGCAACACUGGCAUAUCGCAAUCGCAUUAAACAACACAUCUGCCUUUGCGCAUAACAUCUCGCAGUGCGCGUCUUUUCUUUUGCUUGCGCGGUCUGCUUCAAUACAACGCAUAAAAGUCUGCAAGCCUUUGAGUUCCCCGAUCAUAGGCCAACCUCCUUCUAGCGUUUGUCCACGCGGAUUGAUCCCUUGCGACGUCUUGGCAGGUCGCGGAACCACAGUCUUGACCAGCGCUUCUUCUAGCUACGGUUGAGCAGGAUGCUCCGCUGAUAUCCAUCAGACCUGUGAAUUACAAGCGAUCAAAUGAGCCUUUCUUGUCCAAAGCAGCCCAUCCCGCGCCAAACUUCUUGCCCCUCCUCGGAGACACCAUGAUGGCCACCAAUGCGGGCUCAGUCUACGAUUUCGGCUUCGCUCCCGCUCCGACAAAGAAAAUCACCACCUACGGAAAAGGAGGGAGAAGGAGGACUGAUGUUACGAGGCCGGCAACUCUUAGGCACGCUGAGUCGGCGCCGGCGAUCCCUUCGUCUUCCACCAAGUCCCAAUCUACCUCUCCCGAACCGCCUCGCCUGACGACGAGAGCUCUCAGUUCUGCCAAGGUCAAGCAACAAGACAUCCGCGAGUAUGGCUCCGCAUCGCGCCAGAAGCCCGUUGAAGGGGCGCACAGCCAACCGCUUCCUGAUGUCUAUGACUUUGACUCGCAACCCGAUGAGCUACCGAGACCAACGAAGAGGAGACGCGCUCCAAAGUCCUUGGAUAAGGGAAGGCCCAGCGGCCGCUACUCCACACCAGACACGUCGCCUAUACGUGGCGGAUCGCCUGUGCUAUUGAGCGAGGAAGAAAUACCCAGUUCAGCACCGGAUGCGAUUCCGCCAGCCGCGUCAAAACAGAGUACGCUCGAGGAGGACAUUGAGAUGAGAGAUGAUGUGCCGAGCUCCAUGCCAUUCUCAGCCAAGACUUCCCGGACUUUGAGAAACCUCAGCGUUGGCUCCAAAAACUUGGGAGCGAAGAGGCAGCAGAUUCCCAUCCGCCUUUCUAAGCAAGCUUCAUCCGAUCCCGCCACCAGAGAACCGCCAACACCGCCGGCCGCCGCGACCGGUCCCCAUCCCCAGCCAGUCCGGAAAAGGCGGCUAAUCGAUACUCUGGCUGCACAGGCCGAAGGAAUGGGCAGUUCAUCGGAAGAUGAGGUUUCAUCACAGAGAUCAGACGAUUACAAUUCACAGUCUCCCCCGGCACUGCAGAACUCUCCUCUACCUCCCCCAUCAGCUCUCCAGCCGAAAUCCAUUACUCGCCCUGUGAUGACGGUCCAAAAGGCCGGGCCCAAAUUUACCUACAGCCAGCAGAGAACUAUGCUUGCCGAUGACGAUCCCAUACUGGAAGGGGGCGGCCUCGGCGACCUCGAUGGGCCAGCCGGGGGCGCAUUGUUUAAUUUUGGGCGUCUAACGAAAAGCGCCACCGUCAACACAUUUUCAUACCUUGAUGAAGACGACGAGACCGCCAAUGCCGGCGCAGUUCGGAGCAUUCACGAGUUGAGGCAGGCUGGCGCAAAUAGCCGCUUCGCUGACGAAAUAGAUGAUAUUCUCGACAGGGUGGGCUCACCCUCUGCCACGCCCUCGUCUUUGCGGAGGGGUGCACUCCUUGAGCUGGCUCAAAAGAUGAAGCAAAAGGAUUUCCGUCUCCAGUUCCGGAACCACAGCGACGGGGAGAACCUUCUCCGGUCCCUCGCGGAUGAAUCGGAUGUGAUCUCUGGAUACGCAAUUCUGGCCAUAAUCACAACACUCCUCGCUGCCACCACGUCGGCCCAUUUAAUUCGACAGCUUCGCUCGCAGGGCCUUGCCGUCCUUAUCAGCAGACUCCUCGACGUUACCGCCGACAUGGUGCAGCUCGCCAGGGACAGGAAGCAGAAUGUAUCGAGGAACGGCCAGCUUACCAUCGCAUCAAUCAAGUCUUCGCUGUUGGAGCUGCCCAUCUGGGAACCAGUCUCCCCCACAUCAAUGUCACCGCGUGCACUGGCGCUGAAAUGCCUCGACCUCCUAAUGCGGCAACCUACUCAAGCACCCGUCGAGGACGUGCUUCCCCGGGCGGUUACGGAUCGCUUGUUUUCAAUCGUCGCUAGUGGCGUGUCCAACUCAGCUUGCUGGGAUUUCCCAAAUCAGCAAGAGUCUUGCGACUUUUACCUCGCACUCUACAUAUUAGAAGGCCACUCAAUUAGCGCGAUGCAGUCUGAGCUCUGCUCCAUGUGGACCGAACAAUACGCCCCAGUUGUCGCGGACGUCCUGGAAACAGCUCUGGAACGGUCUGCCGACCAGUUUGGAGACCUCGAGAGUCUGGCCUUGAGGAUAUCCCUUAACAUCACGAAUCACAAUGGCCAGGCAUCGCAGUUGUGUGUCGAAAAAGGGUUGCUCCGCCGUCUUACCAAAUCCGCUUGCAACGCCUUCGGAAUGGUCUUGACUUCGAUGAAAGGCGACUCAUUAUGGUCCAAGUUGCUGGAGUCCCUGAUCAUGAUGCUGGGAGCUAUGAUCAACUUCUGUGCAUAUUACCCGCCCGCUUCUGGGAGCUUGGCGGAACGUGGCGAUGGGACGGACCCGGCCCUGAAUGAGCUAUUUCGGGUUUUCGCGGACAAUCACGCGAAAACCUCUGAUGCCGACUCAAUGGAGAAGACGCAGCUCAACGUCGCUCUCGGUUACCUCUCGAUCUUCCUCGGCUACCUCUGUUUGAGCGACACGAUCAGGGACAAGUUCGUCCUUGUUCACCCGAAGAAGACUAUGCGACCACUUCUCGACUCGAUCAACGAGUUCAUUGCGUUCCACCACAAGGUCGCGGAGGCGCAAUCCGGUGAGGGAGCAAGACAAAGAUCCGACUCGGGUUCUUUGGCCCGGCUCCAGGAACUGGCCGACCAGCUCGCAGUCCUGCGCUGAAUCGACUGUACGCUCCGCUGCACCUCUUCUUGCAACCUUCAUAGCUUUGGCAUUCGCGGAUUCGAAAACGGUUUGCAUAAGGGAAGUGCUCCUGAUGCUACUGGCGAUAUGGCUCUAUGCUUUCUGUUUUGAGAUACGGACGCGAUGACUCAGGGGGAUCCAUAACAGGGCUCUGGACACGAGGGAUGACGGUCAGACACGAGACAUCCAUCAUAGACGCAACGGCACCUUGAUUUCUUGUUUUCGUUCAUGGCGCUGAGGUUGAAUGUGAUCAGUGCUCCUGUUUGUCCCAAUUAACAAAUGUGCACGUGCAACAAACUUUUUGAUGACGCGGCAAUCAUGGCAAUCAGUCGUGCGGCUGAGUGGGUGGGCUGGUAGGAUAAAAGGUGUCGGGCAAGCCAGACUUCGAUGCUCAGGACUGCAUGUCAUUACUUCAGAGUCCUUUUCGGCUGAAAUCGAAGAUACGAUAAGG